AUGAACAAAAUCGAUGACUGGGGAUCUUUGGAGGCCGAGGGAAAAAUAUUCAUAAUGAUGAAGCCUCAACACGACGCUACCUUCUCAACGCAUGAACAAAAUCGAUGGCUGGGGAUCUUUGGAGGCCGAGGGAAAAAUAUUAAUAAUGAUGAAGCCUCAACACGACGCUACCUUCUCACGCUCACCAAAAUCGAUGGCUGGGGAUCUUUGGAGGCCGAGGGAAAAAUAUUCAUAAUGACGAAGCCUCAACACAACGCUACCUUCUCACGCAUGAACAAAAUCGAUGACUGA